AUGAGAGAUAGCCGCCUACAUCAUAACGCCACUCCUACCAAACCGGUCCACUUCCUGUACGAUAUAGCGAUCUUCGACGAGGGUGCUGCACUACGCUUGAUUGGGACAGAUGUCUUCACACGGGAAGGAGGUGACAGAGAAAAUGCUACCAAUGUGGCUGUCCUUAUCGCUGAUGGGGGACCAAAUGAGGAGGUUGACUACACAUAUGUUGAAGCAAAGAAACUGAAAGACAGUGGGGUCCGUAUCAUAGUGCUGGCCAUUACUUACUAUACAGACAUAUUUGCAACAAUUGCGUCAGCGCCGACAUCUGACAACGUUAUUUUCAUUGAUCGUUUCAGCCAGCUCGACAGCGUUCACAAAACUCUGUACAGUUCUGUAUGUAGAGUGGGGACUGCUUCACCAACAGGCACCAAGACUGCGACGAAGUCAGGAACCACUAGGACAUCGGCAACUAAAUCCACAUCGGACAGUACAACCAACUCUGCGUCAAUAACUGACACCACGCCCUCACAGAUUACUACAAUUACAACGGCUACAACUUCAACAUCGACAACAUCAAUCGCCCCUGUUUCGACGACUACAAUCAGAUCUACUUCCAACAAAACCCCAACGACACCAACGACACCAACGACACCAACUCGAGAUAAAGCAACGCCGACAACUACACCAAUUGCACCCAUGGUCACCAAUCCCUUUGCAACCACCAACACUACUGGGAGCAGCACUUCAGUUCCAGGACGCGUCAACGUCAGUGGUGGAGUCACGGCGACCAUAACAGCUGCACUACAAACAUGUUACGACCGAUGUGCGAGACCAGUAGGGGCUACAUCUACCCUUUUUAACGCCAUACGCAGCCUGCGCCUCGAUAAGGAAGACCUCUCCAAACAACGUCGUGAGAAAACGUCUGCAUCCGAUGUCAGACCGUCGGCGACUAUUGUCGCAACUCUGGUUCUUGCUAUUGUCUGGACGCCCAUACUAGGUCUGGUCAUAUGGGAUCUGAUCGAUCUUUGUCGCAACAGACACAUUUGA